AUGACUAUCACCGACUGGCAGCAAAAGGUCCAAGUUAAGCAAGCUCAAGCCGCUUCCAAGAUCCCCGCAGAAUGGCGAUUGUCUGCCGACAUCCUGCAACAAGCAUCGGGAAGCAAGCAGAGUAUCAUCGAUGUUCCUAGAGCAUGUGGUCUACUCACGGAGCAAGAACUUCAUAUCACUGAGGACUACGAUGCCACCGCUCUACUAACAGAGCUGGCUACCGGGAAAAUUACUUCGGUAGAAGUCACCCGGGCAUUCUGCAAGCGCGCCGCAAUAGCCCAGCAACUCACGUCCUGCUUGACGGAGACGUUCUUCGAUGUUGCACUGGCUCGCGCCAGACAACUCGAUAACUAUUUGGCCACUAGCGGCAAGCCCAUGGGUCCUCUACAUGGCCUUCCUAUCAGCAUCAAGGAGCCAUUUAAUGUUGUCGACGUACCUACCUCCCUGGGUUUCGUCUCCUUCCUGGAUAACCCGCCUCCACGCAGCAAUUCGGCCAUGGUAGAAAUACUGCUAGCCGCAGGUGCCGUGCUAUAUGUCAAAACAAACGUUCCCCAGACCAUGAUGACAGCCGAUUCAGAAAACAACGUUUUCGGACGCGUCUUGAACCCGCACCGACUCUCUCUCACUGCUGGCGGGAGCAGCGGGGGCGAAGGUGCCCUGGUAGCCAUGCGCGGGUCUAUUCUGGGAAUAGGCACUGAUGUUGCAGGAUCAAUUCGGAUCCCCUCGCUGUGUUGUGGUACCUUUGGCUUCAAGCCUUCUGCUGGUCGGGUGCCGUGCGGUGGCCAAACUAGUCCCGGGCGCGAUGGAUUGACAGGCAUUGAGGCAGUCGCGGGGCCACUGUGCCAUUCCACCCGCGAUGCAGAGUUACUCCUCCGGACAGUGUUCGACGCUCAUGCUGACGACUUCGAUGAUAAAGCCCUUGGCGUGCCCUGGACCGAGCCAGUGAGUGCUUCAUCCACUCUUACCAUCGGGGUUCUCCCCGAAGACCCUCAGGCUCCUCUCCAUCCGCCCAUGGAGCGUACGCUGGAAACAGUGCUACAGAAGCUAGCAGCAGCUGGUCAUCAUAUUGUCAAUCUCUCUGGAAAAGUGCCGUCUCUGUCAGCCGUCAAAGAUCUCUCAUUACGCUACUUCUGUUUGGAUCCGGAUAACACGCCACUGAAGCAUAUUGCCAACGGACAAGAACCCAAAAUCGCCUCAUUGGCGUCCACUUAUAAACCUGAAGGCAGCGACCCCGAACCGACCUUGCGUGAUUUGUAUGAUCUUAAUGUGGCUCGGAGUGAAAUUGUGGAGCAGAUGCGUCGGGUGUUCCUGGAUAAUCACUUGGAUGCGAUCAUUGGGCCUGGUUAUCAGACUUGUGCGGUGCCGCAUGAUACGUAUGGGUUCCCGGUAUACACGGUGUUUGCUAACGUGCUUGAUUACCCUGCUUGCAUAAUUCCGUUUGGCAAGGCGAAUGAGGUUGCGGAUGCUGAGUAUACCAGGGAUGUCGCCUAUGUUCCUCCUUAUCUACCAAAGGAGAUUGAGAAUGCCCCCUGCCAUGUACAGCUCAUUGGCCGCCGAUUGAAGGAUGAGAAGUUGGUGCGACAUGCGGAGGUAGUGCAGAGCGUGUUGGCCAAGGGUUCUCAUUAG